AUGGCAUCUACCUCGCAAAAUGCGACAGUGUUAUUGACUCGAUUGUUAUCACUCAAAGAGAAUUCUUCGUUCCACUUGAUUUUGGAUUCAUUAACUCAAUCAUCAUACUAUUUAAUUCAAGAAUAUGUCCAUAGGUGUUCUAAAACUACUAGUAAGAUUAUUUAUUUGUCAUUUGAAACAAUAAAUGAACCUGAUUAUUGCAAUGAAUUUAUUGAUUGUUCGGCAAUGACUUUACUUCAAAUUAUUGAAAAAGUCAAGCCUUUGAGAGAAUCCAAUGAAAGACUAUUAAUAAUUGUGGAUUCCUUGAAUUAUGUCAAUAAUGAUGAGUUGGCCCACUUUGUGGCACAAUUAGUUGGUCCAACAAUAACCUUAGUUGGUGUUUAUCAUACCCAAUGUACCACAUCGUUAUCAAAGUAUCCAAAUUAUCCAUCAUCGGAAACAUUAUUGACUUAUAUUGCAAGCACAAUAUUUGAGUUGUAUCCUUUAAUACCUGACUCUUUAGACGAGGAAGAACUAGAAGCCAAAGUUAAAAAUUUGACAUUUCCAAUUAACACUAAUUUGAAUAGUUCCAUUUUCAAAGUUAUACUUACAAAUCGAAGGAAAUCUGGUCGUUCAUUAACAUAUGCCCUCACGAUCAAUAGUCUAAGUCAUGAAUAUGAACUUUGGAAAGACAAACAAGAUUCUGAGGAAACUUUGCAAGAAGAUGAAAGCCUAUUGAAAGACUUGACAACAUUUAAUUUGACAACCAGUUCAAAGCAAAAGCUUGCUCGUGAACAAGUUGAGUUGCCAUUCUUGCAAGCACAAGAGUCAUUGGGUGCCGCUGGUGGUGCAAUCGUAUAUGAGUUUGAAAAAGACGAUGACUACGAUGAAGAAGAUCCUUAUGAAGACCCAUUUUAA